UUCCGCUCCACCGCCAUGGCGCCGCCGAGUGCCCGCAAGCGGCGCGGACCGAAUGGAGCUGGGGAACAGCGCCGGGCAGCAACGCUUCCCGUGCCCCCGCUGCCUGCCUUUCCCACUGCUGAGGACAGGGAUGAUGACACCGCCGAGGACACGCAGGCAAUGGUGCGGGCUCAGAACAAGAAGAAGAAAUCCGGAGGCUUCCAGUCCAUGGGCCUGAGCUACCCUGUCUUCAAGGGUGUGAUGAAGAAGGGAUACAAAGUGCCCACGCCCAUCCAGAGGAAGACCAUCCCUGUGAUCCUGCGUGGCCGUGACGUGGUGGCGAUGGCACGGACAGGCAGUGGGAAGACGGCCUGCUUCCUCCUGCCCAUGUUUGAGCGGCUGAAGGCACCCAGCCCCUCUGGAGCACGCGCCCUCAUCCUCUCACCCACUCGUGAACUGGCCCUGCAGACCCUCAAGUUCACCAAGGAGCUGGGCAAGUUCACAGGAUUGAAGACCGCUCUUGUGCUGGGAGGAGACAAGAUGGAGGAUCAGUUUGCUGCGCUGCACGAGAACCCCGACAUAAUCAUUGCCACUCCCGGGCGCCUGGUGCAUGUGGCAGUGGAGAUGAACCUGAAGCUGCAGAGCGUGGAGUACGUGGUGUUUGACGAGGCUGACAGGCUCUUUGAGAUGGGCUUUGCAGAACAGCUCCAAGAGAUCCUUGCUCGGCUACCGGGUAGCCACCAGACCGUCCUCUUCUCAGCCACACUGCCCAAGCUGCUCGUUGAGUUUGCCCGUGCUGGUCUCACUGAGCCAAUGCUGAUACGUCUGGAUGUGGAGUCAAAGCUCAGUGAGCAGCUCAAGCUGGCUUUCUUCCACGUCCGUGGAGAUGACAAACCAGCGGUGCUGCUCCACCUGCUCCGCAGCGUGGUGAAGCCCCAGGAUCAGACAGUCGUCUUUGUGGCCACGAAGCACCACACGGAGUAUCUCAAGGAGCUACUCACGUCCCAGGGCAUCUGCUGUACCCACAUCUACAGCUCACUGGACCAGACUGCCCGCAAAAUCAACAUUGCCAAAUUUGCCCAUGGCAAAUGCCAGGUGCUGCUGGUGACAGACGUGGCUGCCCGUGGGCUCGACAUCCCCAUGCUGGACAAUGUCAUCAACUACAGCUUCCCUGCCAAGUCCAAGCUUUUCCUGCACCGUGUUGGUCGUGUGGCCCGUGCUGGCCGCAGUGGCACUGCCUACUCGCUGGUGGCUCCUGAUGAGAUGCCCUACAUCUUUGACCUCCACCUCUUCCUGGGACGCCCGCUUAUCCUUGCCGGUGCCCAGGAGAUGCCUGCAGAUGCAGAUGGGGUCCUGGGUCGCGUCCCGCAGAGCUUGGUGGAUGAUGAGGAGUGCCUGCUGCUGACAGACCACGAGGGCUCACUGGAGCUGCAGAGCCUGCGCCGCGUGGCUGACAAUGCCCAGAAGCAGUACCUGCGCUCCCGGCCCGGCCCCUCGCCCGAGUCCAUCAAGAGGGUGAAGGAGAUGGACAUGUCUCAGUUGGGCAUCCACCCCCUCUUCAGUGCUCACUUUGAAGAUACUGAACUGGAGAGGCUGAAGUUGGUGGACAGCAUUAAAGCCUACAAGUCCAAGGCGACCAUCUUUGAGAUCAACGCCACAGCCCACACGUUGGCCAGCAGCAUCAUGCGCUCCAAGCGGCGACACGACCGUGCCCUCAUCGAGAAGUUCCAGCGUGGGCAGGAGGAGAAGCGGGUAGCAGCUCUCAAGGGGCAGGGGCUGCAUCCAGCCACCCCCAAGCCUGAGGAGGAGGAAGGAGAGGAGGAAAACCUCCAGGAGGUGUUCUCCACCGUGGUGGGACGGAAGCGCAAACGGAGCCGGGCUGCAGAAGAUGGUGCCAGGAAAAAGCCACAGCCACCAGCACAGCGGGAUGAGGAUUUCUACAUCCCAUAUCGACCCAAGGACUUUGAGAGCGAGCGGGGGCUGAGUGUGGGCGGUGAGGGCAGUGCCUUCGAGCAGCAGGCAGCUGGGGCUGUGCUGGAUCUCAUGGGUGAUGAAGGCCACAACCUGAACAGGAGCAAGCAGCUGCUGAAGUGGGACCGCAAGAAGAAGCGUUUUGUGGGGCAGACGGGCCAGGAGGAGAAGAAGAAAGUGCGGACAGAGAGCGGGCGCUACAUCAGCAGCUCCUACAAGAACAACCUCUAUGAGAAAUGGAAGCAGAAAAACAAGGUUGAUGAGCGAGACGAGGACGAAGACAACCAGGGAGGCCGGGAGCAAUACAGAGGGAAGCACAAACGUGGGCACGCCCCCCAGCGGCCCCCCACCCAGGGCAAGGUGCGCUCGGAGCUGAAGAACAAGCAGCAGAUCCUGAAGCAGCGCAAGGCAGCGGCCAAGCAGCGCUUCCUGCAGCGCGGGGGCCUGAAGCGCCUGAAGGCACGGAACCGGCAGCGGGUGCAGGAGCUGCGACAGAUGGCGUUCGGCCGCCGUGUUGGGGCCACCAAGAAGGGAAAGCUCCGAAAAAAGAUGUAGGAGAUGGCCUAGCAAAGGACGCAUCAAAUAGAUACCCAGCUGGUUUUGGAGCCUGCCUCCUCUCUUGUGUCCUAUACCUGGGGUAAUUCCUCGCUCAGGUUCAGUUCUAAAAGAACGCAGCACUCGGGGACUGCAGCUGUGUUAUAUUUUGAUGGGAAAAGGCUUUAUCAGUAUCGAUGGCCUGAAGAUGAGCAGCUGCUCUACUUCUG